AUGGGUCAACAAGCUGGUCAUUAUCAACAAUAUACUGUUCCUUAUGAAGCACAUAUUUCACCACCAAUUUCCUAUGGUACUCAAGUACAUGUUUAUGGUACUGCACUUGGUGAUCGAUUUGAAGUCAAUUUGGCUAAUCGUCGUGGUGACAUUGUUUUACAUGUCAAUCCACGUUUGAGUGAUCGUCAGUUAGUAUUAAAUGCUGCACCCGGUGGUGGUUGGGGAGGUGAAGAUCGUAAACCAUUGAGUAUCACACGUGGCCAUCAAUUUAGUAUUAUCAUUAUGGUUACAGAACAAUGUUUCAAAAUAGCGGUUAAUAAUCAACAUACAGCUGAUUUUCAUCAUCGAAUGCCAUUUAAUGCAGCUGAACUGGUUACUGUUAAAGGUGAUGUUAAUUUAACAAAUGUUCAAGUUUAUCCAGGCAUGACUACCAAUUAUGGUCAACCAUGGCGUUUUGCUAUGGAAACUCCAGUACCUAUGAAUGUUUUUCCUGGUCGUGUUAUAAAUAUUACUGGUCGUGCAAAUAGUAAUGCAUCACGAUUUGAAAUUAAUUUAUUAGCAGGAAAUUAUAAUGGAGCUGAUGUUGCAUUUCAUUUUAAUCCACGUUUUGAUCAACGUGAAGUAGUACGUAAUUCAUGUCAAGGUGGUGGAUGGGGAGCCGAAGAAAAACAUGGAGGAUUUCCAUUAAAUUCUGGUCAACAAUUUGAUAUUCAAAUAAUUUGUUUUCCACAACAUUAUCAAGUUAAUUGUAACGGUCAAGCAUGGUUCACAUUUCAACAUCGUUUACCAUAUCAACAAGUACAAGCAUUACAAGUCAAAGGUGAUGUUACAAUUGCAAAUGUUUAUGCUAUGUAA